CUAGCUAAGGUGGGAGGGGAGAGGUAAAGCAAGACUUACAUUGUUUGCUUCUACAACUGCUGACAACAAACUACUGAAGUUCCUCUUUUACUUAUUUUUUUUAACAGUUAUAUUUAUGUGGUUUACGCCUAGAGCUUCAUUUUAGCUUGAUGUAAUUCAACUGUUGUGUUUUUAAGAUGGCACUUGCUCUAGUUUCUAUCUUCAUUUCCAUCCCAUUGGCAUCCUGCUUCCCGACUGCCUUCCAGGAACUUGUGGAAACUGACAAGAACAGGACUUCCAUAAAAUUUUUGGCCAUAGGGGACUGGGGAGGGGUCCCUUAUCCUCCGUACAUCACUGCUGUGCAGAAGGCUACAGCUCAAGAGAUGAGUAAAAUAGCAGAGCAGGUGGGAGCAGAUUUUGUUCUGGCUCUUGGAGACAACUUCUACUAUAAAGGUGUGAACAGCGUGGACUCCCCUCGAUUCAAAGCCACAUUUGAGCUUGUUUACACAGCCAAGUCCCUGAAGAUACCCUGGUACGUCGUUGCCGGAAACCAUGACCACGUUGGAAAUGUGAAGGCACAAAUUGAAUACAGCCAGAGGUCCAACAGAUGGAAGUUUCCUGCUUAUUAUUAUGAACUGAACUUCCGCAUUCCCAACACUCAUAAGACCCUGACCAUCAUCAUGCUUGACACUGUGAUGCUGUGUGGAAACUCAAACGACUACUCGGACGCACAGCCCAAAGGUCCUCUGAGGCAGGUGGAUGCAAACCGUCAGCUGGUGUGGCUACAGGACAGGAUGGCCCGUUCUAAAGCAGAUUUUCUGCUGGUGGCUGGACACUACCCUGUGUGGUCUGUGUCUGAACAUGGACCCACCCAGUGUCUGCUGCAGCAACUGCAUCCUCUGCUCAUCAAACACAAUGCUACAGCUUACCUCUGUGGGCAUGACCACAACCUGCAGUACAUUGAGGAGUCUGGUGUUGGAUAUGUGGUCAGUGGAGCAGGGAACUUUCUGGACCCUGAUGUCCGUCACUGGAACCAUGUCCCCAAAGGGUCGGUAAAGUUCUUUACAGGACAGGCUUCCACUCUGGGAGGGUUUGUUCAUGCAGAGGUGGCACAGGACAAAAUGACUGUUACCUUCUACCAGGCUAAAGGUACUUCUCUUUACCGCAUUGUGCUCCCCCAGAGGAAACUGGACUAAUCAAGUAGUUUGUAUGAAAACUCUUUUUAACGUUAGAUUACAAAAGCUGCUUGGAUGAGCAACAAAACAUCUUCAUUGUAAAACUUGUCGAGCUGACAGAAUUGAAAUUUCUUUUGCUUUAAAUUACUGAAUUUAAAUAUCUAUAUAUUGUAAAGCAAUACAUGGUUGUUUCUAGAGUUCAUUUGGUUAUCUGUGAUUUGUGACCUGACAUAGCAGUUGUUGUUGUUGUUGUUGUUAUUUUUUUAACUAGUACAAAGAGACUUUUUAAAAUCUGUGUGUGUAUACUCUAAAUAAUAUUUGGUCUGAUCCAUUUUUUAAUGCUUGCUCUAUUGCCCUCUGUUUGGUAUUUAAUGGCCUUGGCUGUGAGGGAAUGUGACUGCAUGCCACCCUGGUGUGGGACUAAUCCAAUCAGGAUGCGUUACAAUGUGUUAGUGACAUCAUGCCACUUCAGGCUAAGAAGUAAGUUAAUGCCGAUAAAGGACCAUCACCUGAGAAGAGUCAAGGACAGGAGGGAUCACCUAACCCAAGCUGUCAGCCUAGACCAAGUCCAGUCUUAAAGGAAAACACUCAGCUGACUCAUGGCCACAAACUUAACAUUAGUACAUUGUGUUAGUCAUCAUUUUUAAAGAGAAGUGAGAUUUUGACUUGGAUUCCUACAAUCAAGGACUGAGAGAAACUACAGAUGUUCUAUUUUCUUUAAUUGCCUUUUAUAAUGCUGUUCAUUAGAUUGCUUUGUUUUCACAUUGUAUCCAACCACAACAGUAAUGUGAUGAGUCAAUGUUCCAACUGCAUUAAUUCUGCACUCAUGUUCAGAUACAACAAAUGCAAUCAUUUGCCAGUGUUAUUCUCCACAAAGUGUUGUGGACAUAUUAGAUUUAUGGUCUUAUUUUUUUUUAUCUUCAUUGUAGAGGCAAGCCAAGUCUGAUUAUCUAAUUCUAUAGCUUCAAUGUAGUAACGACCCUCUGUAUUCAAAGAUAAGCUGUGUAUCUAAUCCUUUUCCUCCUAAUCUCAGUCUUGAGUCAAUACAGUUUAUGCAGUGAGCACUGAAAUGUUUAAAUAAUGUCUUUGAUAAUAUUUAAAAAAAAAAUCAAUAUAAAAUUUGAUAAAAAUGUACAGAAUAAAUCAAAUCAUGGCUACAAUCACAAUGCUUCCAGUAGGUGUCUCAUAGUCAAAGUAAUGUGUUUUUUCAGUGUUUUUGUUGUUGUUGUGUAACAGGGAACAUGUGUGUUUGUAAUCGGACUAAACAAAUCCAUCUACACAGCUGUGUUCAAGCCUCACUCCAGCUGUUGAACAGAUCCUCAGAAUUUUACGGGUCAAAAUAAACAAAAACAAAAAAAGCUAGUACAGUAGUGCAUUUGUCAUAUUCUAAACAUAGUAAGCCACAGUGCAUUGACUUGUAUAGGUCGCUGUGUAAGUCACUGUAUUAUUGUUAUAUGUUUUUUCUUAUUUAAUGAUUAUCCAUAACCACAAGAGUCAUUUGUAUACUGUACAUGACCACUUGCUGAGCAACAAGAAACUUUUCUUGAUUAGUGUAAUUUGUAUUAAAGGUACAAUGUCACAUUAGCCAAGGCCAUGCCUACUACU